CACGUGCUUUCCAAAACUGGCGGGAAUCAGCCGGCUUGCAAAAAUGGAGCCGUCAGAGAAGGUGGAUGAUCGAGUUCUUUGUAAAUACGGGCCACUUUGCUAUCAAAAGAACGAAGCACACCAUAAAAAAUACAAGCACGAGAAAAAGGCUUCUCCUCAUAGGCAACCUGUGAAGGACGUGCAAGUUAAAGAGCCUCCACUGCCUGAAGCAAAAGAAGAUGAUAAAUCUCUCGAUUCAGGUGAUUCAGCAAAGGCAGAAUCAAGCAAUAGUGUUGAUUCACCACCUUCCAAGAAGCAAAAGACUGAUGCCAGUUCUAGAGCAGGAGACGAACAACCGAUGUCUCAAAUGAUAAGUAAAGAAGAAGCAAAAACCAUCAUCAAGAAGAUGUUCCUUGUUGAAAUGCCUGAUGAUUUUUAUGCUUUCUGGGAUCUCUGCGUCUUUUUGAAUCCCAAGAAGCCUCUAGAUGCUUUCAAAGACUGCAAAAUCCGUCUGGUUGGCCCAUUUGAAGUCCUGGCUGGCGUCCUAAAAGAAAGCAAGCACCAAGUCCCGGCUACCUUGCAUCACUGGCGCUACUUCUUUGACCCACCAGAGUUUCAGACUGUUAUUUGUGGAGAUGACAGAAAGGGAGAGCACUGGGGCUAUUAUCGAGAUGACCCCAAGGAAAUGCCUACUUUUGUAGCCUCUAAUUGUGCAACACAAGACUGCAUCAUCAAAGACGCUGGUCCUAAUUUAUUUGCUGUCAUGGAUUUCAUUGUGGCUUCCCAACUAAAAUCGGCUGACCCUUUUUCCAAGAUGAAAUUUAAGAAGCUGAAUACAGCCCUACAGAGUAAGGCCAAAGAAGAAAAUAUUAAUCUGCAUGACAAGUCAGCCUUUUUUGCACGAAAGCGGAAGGUUGUUUGCCCAACUUUUCACAAAGGUGGGAUUGUUGUUGAGUACAAUAAGAAAACACAAGUUGGAUAUCGGCAAAUGGAAACGGAAGUCAAUUUGAGGAAAGUUUUGGACAAGAUAGCAAAUGCGGAAACAGAAGAGCGUAGAGACAAGGAAAUGGAAGCUCUCGACUCUCUGAUAACCUACGCCAACAUUGCCAAUGAUGAGUGUGAUUUUGGAGGACCACUUGAGUUGGGAAUAAACUUGUUCUGUGAUGGCCAUGAAAUUUUCCAUCCUCAAGUUGAAGGAAUUCUGAUUUCCACAUACCAUCUACUCAACAGAAGUCAGUUUGCAGAUAUCCUGAAAGCUCACAUUUCCAGUGGGAGAAAGAGGGGAACUGAUUUGAGUAUUUUAUAAGUUUUCCAGGAUUAUUUUUUCAUGCAGUAUCAAUGGCAAGAUUUUUACUGUCAACAUCGUCAUUUUAAUUUUAUAUCAUUCUACACCACCUAUAAAUUUCCUAUUAAAAUUGUAGAAAAGUAAUAAAAUUCACUAUCUACUGCUGUCACUUUAAUAAAAA